AUGAUAAUAGUACAGGCUAUUAUGAUCCAAGUAGCCAAGGCAAUGAAUGCUCUUCUGCUACAGAGGGUAGUGUCUCUAGGAAAGAUGGAGGACAUCAUGGAGUGUUUUGCUGCGAUGGGGUUCCUUAACUGUGGUGGGGAGAUAGAUGGAACGCACAUCUCUAUCUUGGCACCUGACCACUUUGCCAAAGAGUCUGGAGAGCCCGUCACUUUCUGUGAGGACAGUUUUGUGAAGCAUCGUUCCAGUACUACCAAACAGUUCCUGGAAACUGCAGUGAAUCUUCAACUUUUUAAACAGUUUAUUGAUGGUCGACUAUCAAAGCUAAAUGCAGGAAGAGGGUUCUCUGAUAUUUUUGAAGAAGAGAUCACUUCUGGAGGCUUCUGUGGAGGAAAUUCAAGAUCUUAUCAACAGUGGGUGCAUACAGUAAAGAAAGGAGGUGCACUAAUUAACACAGCAAUGACCAAAGCCAGCCCUGCUGUGAAGACAGCGUACAAAUUUGCAAAAAAUCAUGCAAAGCAGGGAAUAAAAGAAGUGAGGUGUAAGUUAAAAAACAAGGAGAGUAAUGAAGAAUAUGGAACUUGUAGCUCUAGUGCAGUACAGCAUGUGCCAGUGUACACAUUACACAGGCAGAAAAGAGGAAACUCAGAAAAACGAAGACUUGCCCAGACACGUUUCAAUCAACACCUCUCCAAUGUCAGUAAUCAUGAUUUGGUCCUGGAUGAUGACGAUGAUGAUGAAAUGGACAGAAGAAGCAAGUUAUCAUCUGAAGACAGUGAGGAAGCUUCUGCUUACAUUUAUGAUAGUGAUGAUUCUGAUGAACCAGGAGUAACGUCUUAUCACACUGGAGAAAUGGACUUGCUAGGAGAGAUUUUGGACUCGCUGAGCACACACAGCUCAGAUCAAGGAAAGCUCUCAGGAGCAAAAAGCCUGGAUUUCUUUAGAUCAAUGGAUGAUAUUGAUUACAAGGCUAUGAACAAGUCCAGUGCACCUAGUGAGAGCAACCUUGCUCUGCUCUGUAGUGGCACUAAUGAUCAAAUGGAGUGGAAUCUUGGUCAGGAUGAUAGUGUUCUCCAUGGGAAACAGCUCCCUCCAUCGCCAAGGAAGCAAGUUGCUUUUAGUGACCAUAUGGAAUCUGUCUCUGUGCUGGAGGAGGAAAACAAGGACAAAGCUCUUAGUGCAGAGCAUGAGGAUUGCCUUCAAGAUUUUCUGACGUCAGCUUCUCCAGCACACUUAAGUGCACAAGCUGCCCCUCUAGAAUUUUCCCAAGUAGAUGACUCUUUCUAUAGGAAGGUAAAAGCAAAUGAAACACUAAGCAAUACCUCAGAGGAUCAGCUCCCAGUGAACCUUUGUCAACAUCCAUCCAUUCUAGUUCCUUGGCAAAAAGAAGGAGAUGAAGGAAAUGAAAGCCAAGAAGAAGGGCUUUUUCAUGAAGUUGUGGCAUUAUGUAAAGUGACCUCAGCUUUCCACCACAGUUUAAACAUUUCAGAGGAUAAUUGCUCCAGUAGUAGCAGUGGAAAUCAAGCAUAAGGGAACCUUAAGAGGAGAAACUACUUCCAUGAGAGGUGAAUGAGAGACUACUCAGGAGUCCACAUAAUACACGAUUACCAAAAAUAUCACAGAGGAAUUUAAAAUAAUUUAAAUACUUUUACAUUUAAAAUAAUCUGUUUUGUUUAGUACAUGGAUUUCUGCUCCUACCCUCCACCCCCAUUUAGACAGCUCUUAUAUGUUUCUCAGUUCAUUUGUUGGCUGUGUUUAAAUCACCAGAUGGAACUAUAUAUACUAAUGCACUCUUAAAUCAGGUACUAGUUUGUCUGUAUGUGGAAUAUACAGUUGGUGCAUGGUGCUUACUUGUGUUCCUUUAUGCAGCAAGGAAGCAUAUCACCUUUGCACAUAUCCAGAUAUUGAAGGUACUGUAUUAUUCCUGUUGAGCAUGAAAUGAACAAAACAGUUUAGAUUUGUCCGAAGCUUACAAAUAUUGAUGUUUGAAAUGAGUUAAUUGCCUUAAUCGCCUGGGAAAAGGUUUGAAUAUCUAAGAAGAUGAGUUUGGAAACAUUCAAAAGAGCAAUAAUGAUUUUCUGCUUGAGUAAAGGGGAAAAGGAACUCUUUCUAAAUUAAGGGAUCUCUUGUGAAUAAUAGGGAAUUUUGAUAUAAACAGAAACUAUGGCCAUGUCUCUCAGACCUUAAAAAAGGUGGUGCAUGCUUUUCUCUUAUGAAGUGCUGAAUUAUAAUGUGAAGUUACUUAACUUCUGUUUACAUCUCAGGCACCUGAUGUAGGUGUUUUCAUCUAGGAAUGGAAAGUAUAUGUGAAAUUGAUCGAUUUUAUUGCUAUUUUUUAAAUUUCUACAGUUUAAUAAUUCUUUACCGAAAUUUAUGCCAUUGCUUGAACAUUACAUUUGAUUUUUACAAGCCACUUUUAAAAGAAACAUUAAAUUUUUGCUUUGCUAUUGAGGAGUUUAGUUUAGUGAAGCUGUCUAGUAUUUUAAAGACCAGUGAAUGAAGAUUACUUAUAAAACUAGACAUAAAAAAUAAUUGGUUCUGCAAUUAAGUAUGCAGAUACCACACUCUCAUGUUAGCCAUGGAUGUAUACCAGAGUGUUUUUUGUGAUUACAAGGAAGGGAAUUAAAUGGAUGCUGAAUGUACUGACUGUAUUCAGGCAUAAACAUUUCUUUUCAAGCAUGUAGCAUUCCUGGAAGAUAUGUCUGUAUUUAAAUGUCAAGAACUAGAUUUUUCUCUCUGAGUGGAACACAUAUAUUCAGUCUCCUCGUCCUGUCCCCUUUGUCCACUACCCUCUGUGGCUCAGAAUGAGUACAUUCCAGAGGGAACCACGCUAGGCCAAAAAUGGCAAUUUUGAAUGUAGGCUAUUGGCAAGUGUUACACAAGGCAGAGUGACAGA